AUGCCAAGAGAAGUAGCUAUUGGCAACAGGCUUCAUUUCUCUCCAAGCAACCUCGUCGCCAACUUCUCCUCCAAUAUUCCCCUUGGUAUUUAUGCGAAUCAUGGCGCUGUAGAUGUCGUCAAGGUCAGCUACCGCAACGUUACUGUUUCCUAUACUCAUCCUGGCCGGAAUGAUUACGUCAACGUUCAGGCAGGCCUACAUCAGGCUGGUAUUAUGGCCAUGGGGGCCGCUGUCGGAGAGGGCUACGCUGCCGUUUCAACUGAUGUUGGUCUGGGCUCUCAUGUUAAUGCGACCGACUGGGCCCUUCUCAGCCAAGGUAAUGUGAACCAGGAUCUCUUUCUGAACCUGGGCUCAACUUCCGUCAACGAUGCCAGCGUGGUAGCGAAGAGCAUCAUCAAGAGCUUUUACGGCCAACCGCCCAGUUAUUCCUACUUCACUGGCUGUUCUCAAGGUGGCCGGCAGGGCAUGUUGCUCGCACAGCCGUACCCUGAAGCGUUUGAUGGCAUUGCCGCAAGUGCGCCGGGGAUUGGUUGGCCACAGGUCUUUUCUGGGGGUCUAUGGGGUACAUUCCUCAUGGACAAAUUGGGCGAAUUCCCACCGUCGUGCGAGAUCGAUGCCAUUACCGACGCCGCACUGCAAGCCUGCGAUGGAAACGACAGCGUGAUUAUGGACGUUGUUGGCACUGUGGUGGAUUGUACUGACUUGAGAGGCCCACGGCCUGUCUCCUCUGCCGCCGCAACCAUCGUUCAGGGAGUGUGGGAUGGAGCAAAGUACCAAGAUGGCCGACCUAUCUGGUUUGGUGUGUCGAAAGGCGGCUCGUUGAUUGGAUCCGUGAAUGAUCAAGCUCUUAUACCCACCAGCUGUAGCCCCAACGGAACCUGUACAUGGGGCAUCUAUCCACUAGGCGAGCAAUGGGUCACCUUGUUCGGCAUGAAGAAGCAGAAUGAGACUACUGCUAAUCUCACUCAUGAGCAAUAUGAUCGUCUCGCCCAAAGCCUGGUGCAGCAGUAUCGAUCGUUCUUGGGCACCGAUGACCCUGAUCUCUCUGCAUUUCACAAGCGAGGUGGAAAGCUUAUAGGUUAUCCAUGGAACAGUAUGGCCCCUACCGAUAGCAUCAUCCCCAUCAACGGAACGCUACACUACUAUGACGCUGUUGCGGCUCAAAAUCCCAACGUCCAUGACUUUUACCGCGUGUUUGUCGCACCAGGUAUAAACCACUGUUUCGGUGGCAAUGGGGCAUAUCCUGAUACUACUUUCGACGCCCUUCGAAAAUGGGUAGAGGACGGUAUCGCUGUGGACACACUUCCGGCCACCAGCGUAGGCAUUACGCCUGAGAUUAAGCGUACUCUUUGCCCGUACUCCAAGAAGCAGUUUUAUAGCGGUGCUCAUAAUUCGACGACAGCUGGAGGCUUUAUUUGUGCUUAG